UUUUCAUUCAUUUCGGUAGACGAUAUCUGUAGUAUCGUAAUUGUACGAAUUUUUUCCCAGAAAAGCAAAGGCGAAGCAGCAGCCAAAAAUCAGAAGCACCCAUGAAAUUACGCUCGCCAAACAAUGCCAGCCUUGUUCCUUUCCUUCAACCACAGUCAAAAGGCCAAUCCAAACAUCUCACACCCCUUCCCGACUGUACCAACCGUUGGGGGCGAUUGAGAGCGAGAGAAAGAGGGCGAGGGGAACUUAAUGAGUCGACUCUUUUUUCACUCGCCCUGAUCUUGAGUUUAGGCUGCGUUCAGGAUCUCGAUCUGUUGAAAUCUAAGGCAAAGCAAGGGACAUGUCACAAUGAAGGCACUUAUUCUUGUUGGAGGGUUUGGGACAAGGUUGAGGCCAUUGACACUAAGUGUCCCUAAGCCGCUCGUUGAUUUUGCUAACAAACCAAUGAUCCUUCAUCAGAGGCUCUGGAGGCUAUUGGAGUCAGUGAAGUGGUUUUGGCUAUCAAUUAUCAACCAGAGGUGAUGUUGAACUUCUUGAAGGACUUUGAAGCAAAGCUUGGGAUCAAGAUCACAUGCUCACAAGAGACCAAGCCACUUGGCACUGCUGGCCCUCUGGCUCUUGCUAGGGACAAGCUAAUUGAUGAUUCUGGUGAGCCAUUUUUUGUCCUUAACAGUGAUGUUAUCAGUGAAUACCCACUUAAGGAAAUGAUUGCCUUCCACAAACACCAUGGAGGGGAAGCUUCCAUAAUGGUCGCCAAGGUGGAUGAGCCAUCAAAAUAUGGUGUGGUGGUUAUGGAAGAAUCUACUGGUGAAGUUGAGAAAUUUGUAGAAAAACCUAAACUAUUUGUUGGCAACAAAAUCAAUGCUGGAAUUUACCUGUUGAACCCCUCAGUUCUGGAUAGAAUUGAAUUAAGGCCUACUUCAAUUGAGAAAGAGGUAUUUCCAAAGAUUGCAUCAGAGAAAAAGCUGUAUGCUAUGGUGCUACCAGGAUUUUGGAUGGAUGUUGGGCAGCCGAGGGAUUACAUUACAGGGCUGAGACUCUACCUAGACUCAUUGAGAAAGAAAUCCCCAUCAAAGUUGGCCACUGGCUCCCACAUCGUGGGGAAUGUUAUAGUAGACGAGACCACCAAAAUUGGUGAGGGGUGUCUGAUUGGUCCUGAUGUUGCAAUUGGCCCUGGUUGUGUUGUUGAGUCAGGAGUUAGGCUCUCUUGCUGCACGGUAAUGCAGGGAGUCCGCAUCAAGAAGCAUGCUUGCAUUUCCAGCACUAUCAUUGGAUGGCACUCCACAGUUGGGCAAUGGGCCCGCGUGGAGAACAUGACCAUUCUUGGAGAAGAUGUACACGUUUGUGAUGAAAUUUACAGUAAUGGUGGUGUGGUUUUGCCCCACAAAGAGAUCAAAUCAAGAAUUUGGAAGCCAGAGAUAGUCAUGUGAGUGGAUGUUUGUGAAAUUCAUGUAUCUUGUCUAUAAGUUGUAAGUUAUUUCAUCUGAAAUGUCUUUGUUUUGUUCUUAUCUUCUAUUCUCUACGAAGUGCAAGUCUCAGUUUCUGCAAUUCUGGGUAUGUGAGGUAAAAUGUUGGGAGGGUCAGUGAGUUUUAGGAAGGGCAUAUUUAUGCACAUUGGUUGGACGUGUAAAAUAAAACGAUAAAAUAUUUAGGAUUUGGGUGUACAAGGAAAUAAAUUAUUUGUUGCUCUGUCGAACCUUGUGUAGGUGUAAACUUAUCAAGAAUCCAAGAUGAAUGGUGCAAAGAGUUUGUUAUUCGAUGAGAUGUUCUUGAAGACACCUGAGCUGGCAGCAUAGAUUCGCCCGGUGGUACUCUUCUUUUCCAGCUUUACUUAUUUAUUUGCUUGUAGAAUAAGACUCAAGUUAUGGAAAAGAGAAUAUGCUUCUCGCCCUUGUCGUGAA